AUGUUCUACUACGAUUCAGCUCAAAAAACUCUCAUAUCUGAAGUUUGCCAACCAUUUAUGUACAAUGGUUGUAAUGGUAAUGGAAAUCGCUUUGAUACCGCCGCUGAAUGCAAGCAGAUAUGCAUAGAUGGCAAUGGAGCUAAUGCACAACAAAGAGAUCCCAGUUCUGACCUCCACGCAGCCAUGAAAUCUGCAUGUCAAGCACAAUACGAUACGGAUCAUCUAACUCCACAACAAUGCAGCAAUGGACAGGGAUGCCAAAAUGGAUAUCAAUGCAACAGCGGAUUCUGUUGCCCUACACCAAGAAAGAAUUUCUCACUUAACAUAGAUAAGCUCCUCAAAAGUUACCUUUUAGGUUAUCUCUGCGGUCUACGCUAUGAUUCCGGGAAAUUCGCUGUUAAUGGCGAAAAGAGCGAUCGCUAUUUCUACACGAGCCAAUACAAAACGUGCAUGAGGUAAGU